CCAUUACUACCAUAUCUUACAUACAAAUACAUAAUGAGUUUGAAAUGCAUAUCCUUAUAAUUUGAUACUUCUGAAUGUCAAGGUUAUCAUGUUGAGCGGCAAGUUCACAAUCCUAGAACUAGUGGAUUUGGCACUAAGAGUUCCAGAGAUUGGUGCAGUGAAUUUCAACAUCUUGCACACAGUUCUAACAAACAUCAUUCUGCAGACAGGCCUAGAGAAAUUAAAGCCACUCUGCCACAUUCAGGAUGAAGUCCUUGCACAAGCGGCCAUCACCAAAGCAAGAAUGGAAGAAGAUCGCCAAAAAGGGCAAACUGAAAGGCCCGGAAAAACCGUUGCUGAAUUAAAGGAUAGGAUAAAAGCUGUUGAUUUGCCAAAACCCAGAAGCCAAUCAGCCGAAAAAGUAUCUGAAAGUUCCUCUUCUGAAACAGAAGAUAAAUCUAAAGAAGACAUAUCAUUUGAAGAUGUAUCUGAAGAAAUGACACAGGAUGAAGCCGAAAAGGAUAUAUCAGUUGAAGAUGUACUUGAAAAAGCGGAACCAGAUGAAACCGAAGAAGAUAUUUCAGUUGAAGAUGCAACUAAAAAGGCAGUAACAGAUGAAGAUCAAAUUCCUGAAAAAGUUGAUGAAAGUGAAGGGGUACCAGACGUCGUUGAGUCAGAUUUGACCUUGGAAGAUGAUGCGGCAAAGGCCAAAGAAAAAAUUGAAGGAAUGGUAGAAGAUCUUGGCAGCCUAGCCCAAGAUAUCUUGGAUGAAACAAGUGGUGAGCAACUAACAGCUGAAGCACUACAAGCUUUAGCAGAUGAGAAGUUGGUAGAAGGUGAGCCGUCACAAGUAAUAGCUGAAAUGUGGAGGGCGAUAAAUAUCAAUAGAAGAAUGGAUGCCGCUGAACAAGGGCUGCGAGAAUUGUCAUCAAUCGUAGAUGUAAUGUUGGAUAAGGUGCAAGAAGUUGAAGAUGAAACUGUUUCCGUUGUAAACAAGACGAAGGCGAUGUUUGAAGGUUUGGAUAACUUCCUCAAAAAAGUUAAAGCUUUGGAAGAAAAAUUGAAAAGUCUUGAAGUCCAACUCGAAGAAUCGAACGAAAUGACACGAAGUGAAGUGAUAAGACUAGAGGAAAUGAUAAACGAGAUUCAGUCUGCUUUUGAUACGACUUUAAGCGAAAUUGAAGCUGCUUUAAAAGAUUUGGAAUCGCGUCACUCUGAUCUUGAAGAAAGAGUUGCGUUUAAGGAAGACUUAGAAGAGCUGAAGAAUUCUGGAAGAGAGUUAUUAGAAACCCAAGUUAAGGAACUAAAGAAACGGAUAAGAGAAGUACAAGAUAUGAUCAUUUCCAAAGAAGAUUUUAUGGAAUUAGUUACCAGAGUUGAAGUAGUAGAGGAGACGAAAGUUAGUAGAGAAGAAUUAGGACGUUUAUUAGAGCCAGGAUUCAUAGACAAUUUUAUAGCUGAACAAGAACGUCUUAGAGAAGACUUUGGAGAACUAAAGGAAUUUGUGAAUGAAAUUAAUGAAGAUUUAACAGCCCUUAAAACAAGAAUAGAUGAGGAAAUACUCAAAUCUAUUGAAGCCAGUUUUGCUGACAUAAGAAGUCACAUUGACAUAAUAGAAGAGAAAUUGGCUACUUUGGAUGCAGAUGAUAUAAAUGAUACUUUUGCACGCUUAGAAGAACAGUUAGUAAUGAUACUGAAAGAUCUUGAAGAAAAUAAAGCUGCAUUAGAAUUGUACAAUAAAGAAGCCAAAUCAAACUUCAAGAAAAUUCAAGAUGUAAAUACUGUAUUGGACAGAUUAGAAACCAGAAAAGCUGAUAAAGAAAAAAUGUAUGAAAUGUUAGCACUGAAAGCUGAUAUAGAAUUGGUUGGUAAUAAACUAGAUAGAAGUGAAUUUGUUGCUGUAAUAGAAGACAUAAAAGAUGAUGUGGAAAGGCUAACUAUUACAGUGAAAAUAAAUGAGGAAGAAAUGAAUGAGAAUGUUUUAAAAAUAAGGAGAGAACUUUCCAUAAAAAUGUAUACCGAAGAUUUUAUUACUGCAACAGAACCAAUUCGAAAUAGAAUAAAAGCUAUUCUGUAUGAACAGGUGAAGAUAAAACAAAUUGCCUUAACCCAUUUGUUUCCCGAUGCUCCUGGUAUUGCAAAGAGAGUUACUGAAGCCGUAUUUAGUUGA